AUGCAAGAACAACAACCCACUAUGAAUGACAUCAAAAAACCCGAGACAAGUAUGAUAAGAGAAGCAUCUUCAGCACACUCAAACAACACCAAUACAAACCAAGAAAAAGAGUCGAUAAAGUCUGUCGACAAUUACGAUCAAAAUUAUCCUAUACUUGUUCGAUUUUCAAACAAUGGCCAAGAUGUGACAGUACAAUUACCCACUGAGCCGCCCUACUUGACAAUAGCUCAACUUCGAAAACAGAUGUUGCCUCACUUUAAUGGACAACUAAAUCAGAUCAAAUUCAUUUAUCUUGGACGUGUGCUAUCUGAUCAGUUCAUCAUUGUGCCUUCUGGCACAAGUAUAGUCAAGAAUAAAUCAACUGUCAUUCAAAUGCAGCAAGAAUGUGUUAUACAUGCCAUGGUCACAAAGCGAUCAUAG